GACCAUGAAACCGGUUUCAGCAAUGACAGGCGUCAUUUGUGCACAUAAGAACGCCAGCCAAGGACAGAAGGGUACAGACUGACUGCAGCGACCUUGGCCAAUCCGGAUUCUGUCGAGUCUCAUGCCCAACACAUUGACAGUCCUUAUCAUCACAUCCUCAUCAGUGCCGAUUCAUAAUGUCGCCCUCGGUUCCACUAUCCGGUAUCCCGGCAUUACCAUGUUCAGCAGCCGACCACUAUGAGUUCAAGCUCGUGGGUGAAGGAGCAUCCAAUGUCGUCUUUGAGGUUGUUGUGCAACCCAAUGAUGAGAGCAGUUCCAGCAUCUUUCAGGGGAAUCUCUUACGAGUUCCAAAAGCGGGAACCAAGGCACACACCUAUGUGGAGCUCCAAGAGUACUGGGAGGCUGUCGUGAAGCCUCUAUUUGAGCCAGAAGACCUGGUCCAGCAUCGCCUCGUCCAUCUCGGUGGCGAACAGCUGGUGUUGCGCUUGAAUGCCGUCCUAGCAAAGAAUGAGGACAUCCGCCGGCCCGAUUUCAGGGGAAGCAGGGUAGCGGCAGCCGAGUAUGGGAUGCUUGUGGAGGACAUGCGGCAGAGGCAACCCAACGACUUGACUCUCGAGUUCAAACCCAAGUGGCUCGCCCAGUCCCCUAAUGCGCCCCCAUCGGCGACCCGCUGCCGGAACUGCGCCCGCGAAGCCCUCAAACACCACACCAAACACACCAAUCAUCGCGACUCACCACCAAUUCUCUGCCCCCUGGACUUCCUAACCUGCGCCACCUCCCCAGCAGCGUUCACCAGAAUUGCCGACCACCUCUGUUCCCUCAACCCGCUCAUACCUUCCCCCAAAACAACCCACCCCGCCCAAUACAGCCGCCUCCUCUACUGGCUGCAAACCAACACCGUCCUCCCCCGCCUCCGCGCUGCUCAGCUGGAUAAUGACGGCCAAGGCCCGCUCCAGGCCGAUGCCCAUGACCCCAAGUUCCAGCUGGCCAUGACGCUGCGCGACUGCACCUGCUUCAUCCGCGUCCCCUACGACCCUGCUCUGCCCGUCGAGGCGAAGCUGGCUGACCUCGACAAGAAGAACUGGGCGGCCAAGCUGGGCUACUGGCAGGCCAUGGAGAGACGGCUCAUCGAGGGAGGUUACUACGAGGGAAGGGAAGCUGUGAAGGUGAGGACAGAUUGUCAGCUUGAGAGGGGAAUUGUUAAUGAGUCGACCGAUCAAAGGGAAGGAAGCUAAAGCGAGUGUCGAUUCUGGUUUAUAGAUGUAUCAGAAGGUUUGUAAGAAGCACAAUUCUUCCGACCUCAAUUCGAUGCACAAAGACAGAGUUAGUAGUUGACUCUAGAAGAGGCACUGGAAGAAAAA